UCAAAUCAAAAUCACGUCGCUUUCUCUUGCAACACUGCAUGUUCAGAGCUCGUGGGCAUGUCUGCUGCAAGAUUGUUCAGAUAGCUGCUCUUGAACCGACUUCUUCUCUUUCUCUUCAACUAUAAAUCCACCAGCUUAGCACCAACACUUCAUCAGCCCUUCAGCAAGCUAGGCACUACAUCUAGUAGCUGAGCACCCACCCGAUACAAGCUGAAGUUCUCUCUCUGAACCUUUCUCCAAAGAAAAAUAAAAGCAGGAGAAGCAACCAUGGUCAGUGCCAAGAGACUUGUUCAAAUGGCGAAGAAGUGGCAGAGAAUGGCGGCCAUCGCGAGGAAAAGGAUCAUGCCGCCGGCGAAAGGAACCGAAGGGUCUUCGUGCAGCACGUCGUCGGUGGCUAGCAAGGGCCACUGCGUGGUGUACUCGGCUGAUGGCCGGCGGUUCGAGGUCCCGCUGGCGUACCUCGGCACAGCGAUCUUCGGCGAGCUCCUGAGCCUUUCGCAGGAGGAGUUCGGGUUCGCCGGCGAUGACGGCAGGAUCAUGCUUCCCUGCGACGCUGCCGUGAUGGAGUACGUGAUGUGUUUGCUCGGAAGAGACGCAUCAGAAGAGGUCCCGAGGGCGUUCCUGAGCUCUAUGGCGAGGCCUCGCCAUUGUGGAAAUGGCUUGGUGCAAUCCAUGGGUGUUAGCCAGCAAGUUGCUGUCUCUACCUUCUGAAGAUUAGCACUUAGAUUGUUUUCUUUUUCUUGCACGAUAUAUGUAAAUAGUUACAUGUGGGAGAUUGGAAAUGAAACUAGAUAUGAUUGUUCAAAAAGAAAUGGAAGAGAGAUAUACACAGCCCGUUUUUGGUGUAA